CGUCAAACACUGGUGGGCGGGGCUUGUAAUUUCACGCAGUUACUGGUUUAAGGUGCACUUUUAUUUCCCUGUGUGGAGAAAAACUUCUGAAAUCCCGGAGACAUCAUUAAGCAUGUAUUAAUCGGAAACCAAGAGUGGUUGACCUAGUCAAAGCAGGAAGGAUUGUGUCUCAGCAGUUGACAGUCAAUGUUCAUGUUUGAGGAUGGCUGAGAGCAACCUGGAGGAGUGCAGUUUGGAGAUUCUGGAUAUUCCUGAUGAUUUGGACGAUGACCUUCUAUCUCUCUACUUUGAAAACAAGCGACGCUCUGGAGGAGGGAACGUGGUCUCUUUUGAGAAGAAUGGAAACCAUGCUUUGGUGGUUUUUGAAGAUGCAGAGACUGCUGCCAGAGUUGUCUCCAAGUCCCAUGUCCUCCAGAAUACCAAACUGACAGUGCGGAGGAAACCACCAAAGGACCCUGGAAAACUGCUGCUGAAAGGGAUCAAUCCACACACUUCACUGGACCAUGUGGAGCUUUAUGUGGAAAAUGUGACUGGGAUGGAUUGUGAAACAGACUUCAUCCUAUAUCAGUCUCCGAACAAGGAUCUGGUUUUAGUACACUUAAAAAAACCUUUAGACAAAGACUUUCAGAUGCUUAAAGACGAAGUUUCCAAGAAGAAUCUAAAUGGAGGAAAGGUCACUCUGGAGCAGGUCGAAUCGACCGACUCCAUUCUGGUGGCCAGUCUGUCUCCAGCGCUCACAGAGGACAUGCUGGAGCUCUACUUCGGGAGCAGUCGUGCUGGCGGCGCUGAUGUCAUAGCAGUUAGCAUGCUAGCCGACGGACAUGCUAAGGUUUCUUUUAAAGAUGUGAAAUCUGUGGAGUGUGUUCUCCAGAAAUCCCAUCAUUUGGAAGGGACAGAUUUAGUAGUGGAGCCUUACUUUGAUUUCCUGCACGCUCUUGAGGAUCAGUCGUCUGUGAGUGCUCAAGAUGAACAGGGAACACUGACAGAUAGGAACCAACCCCAAAGUCCGACUGUUUCUGUUCCAGUGUUGAGCGUCAGCUUAGGACACAAAGCUGCUCUGGCAGACAAUGCCACAAAUUUAGCGACUUCUGCAUCUGCUCCUGAGCCAUCUGUCCAGAAGGAGUGCGUUAGCUUGGUAUCUGUGCACGACCCCACUAAACAUCACCUGCUCAGUUUGAGCAGUUUGCUCGAGAACCUCAAAAAGGAUCACCCCAAGUUUGACGUCACUCUAGGAAAAGAUGGCGUCCAAAUCAAAGGGCCUGAUCUGAUUGAGGCUGAAAGACUUAAAACUGAGGUUCUGAAGUUCCUGACCGGUGUCGUGGAGGACCAUCAGAUGUAUGACAAGCUCAAAGCUGAGUUUCUCGGACGGGAGGAUGUUAAAAAGAGGCUGAGUUUGUCUUUGAAAAGCGUACCUUCAACCUACAGCGUCUCGGACUGUAGGGUCUCUGUAACAUCUCCGUCCCGCAGCGCCGUCAAACAGGCCAGAGAUUUAAUAGAGUCCCAGAUCUCAGAGUUCACUGUGCCCAUAGACAAAGAGUACGAGAACGUGCUCUCUUCAACAGACUGGUCUGACUUCCUGGUGUCUCUGGACUUCUGCAGUGCCAAACUGUCCGACGCGGGCGGAGUGAUUACUGCCGUCACCCUGACAGGGAUGGAGAAGGACAAUCACGAGAAGAUGGUAGCGUUUCUCAGCACACCACGCCAGAAGGAGAUCGUCCUGUCUAUGGAGCCAGGAAUGCUCAAGUUCCUCCAGCUCCAUCAUCAAGGUCUAAUGGCGGACAUGGGAGAGGUCAUCCUGUUCCCACUGGACACUGGAGAUGGAUUGAGUAUUCAGGGAGAGAGGAGUGUAUGCCAAUCAGCGGCAGAAUUAUUAAGUGCUAUUAUCGGAUCAGUCUUUACAAAGACCAUCGUGGUGACCCAGCCUGGCAUUUCCCGCUUCCUGCUGGAGGAGGAGGGUGUCAGCAUACUGGCAGAGAUGACUGCAAAGUUUGAAGUCUUUAUCGACAUGGCCAAAGUGCACUGGGAGCCGCUGGAAGAUGGUGACAUCCUGGAGCUUGCAUGGAAAAUGACAGCCUGCCAAAACUUCCAGAGAAGUUCCUCUGCUAAUACCAUUGAGGAAUUCACUUCUGGAGUCCCGAACGCACGUAACUCAACCGAUGCAGGUACUUCAGCUCGUAUUGAAGAAGCUAAGAAGAUCUUAGCAGUCAUUGCCAGCGAUUUGAACCCUCAACCUUCAAGUUUCGGAGCCACAGACAUUGAAUCUGCAGAUUUGUAUUCAGAUACUCAAGAUACCUCUGCAGCGGCAGAAGAAGAGGACGACCAACCCCAGUCACUGCAGACCCAUGACCUCCAGAGCUCCUCUGCACCCAUGAACACCUGCAGUCUCGACGAGGACGCAAGCUUCCUGCUGGCCAUUCAGAUGUCAAUGGAGCUCAACCAAAGAUCAGACGCAGAGGACUUCCAGAAAGCUCUAGAACUGUCCAGGAGCGACUCCAUGCCAAACCAGGAGAACACGCAGCUGGAGAGAGCGUAUGAAGUGUCCUUGCAAGACGCCAUCAAGUCAGCCAACAAAGCUGAGAUCUGUGUGUUUGCUAACUACAACCAUGAUCUCGUCAGAGUGGACAUCGCAUUGAGCAAGAAGGUUGGACUGAGACAGUGUGAGGAGAAAGUCGAGCACAAGAGCCUGCGGAAACUCUCCUCCCAUCAGAAGAGAUGCAUAGAGCUCAUUAAGAGGAAGCAUGCGGUCGAGGUCAGCAUCCAGGGCACCACCGCCGUCCUCUCCGGCUUCAAAGAGUACGUCUCAGAGGCCGUGAAGGAGCUGAAGAACGUCCUGAGGAGGACAGAGAACAUGAUGACGGAUGCUGAAAUCAUGAAGACCGUACAGUGGGUGUGGUUUGAGCAGGGCUCCUCCUCCAAGGCCAUCCCGUACCCGCCGGAUGCCACGGUGUUUAUUGAGAACGCUUGGAAGAUGAAGCAGAAGAAGACUGAUAUUCUCUUCAACAAUCAGCCGUGCAGCAUUGACUUCGAGAAGAUGGAGGAGCACAGUUUGGCAUCCGGGAAAUCUGUGCCUAUUAAACGGAAGAUGCUGAGCACAGAGGACUUGUACACGGAGGGUGCAGAUGAAGAGUACGGUCUGCUGUCCAGCUUGCCUGAAGUGUGUCCCGUGGAUGUAGACUCUGAUGAAUUCCAGAAUGUGGUCAAAGAUUUCUAUGACACCCUUCAGGACAGCCACAACAAAAUCAAAAUCAUUAAGGUUGAUAAGCUGAUGAAUAAGCUCCUGCAUGACCAGUACAGGCUGAAGAAGGCCAGUAUUGAGCGCAGCUCCUCAGAGGCACAGGUGGAGCGCACCCUUUACCACGGCACCAGUGAGACCAGCGUCAAGGAGAUCUGCAUCCACGGCUUCAACAGGAGCUUCUGUGGGAAAAACGCCACUGUGUACGGUCAGGGCGUGUAUUUUGCGGUGAACGCCUCACUGUCAGUGUCAGACACGUACUCUCCACCCAAUGCAGACGGGCACAAGUUUAUAUUCGUGGCCAGAGUGCUGACCGGAGACUUCACUGUGGGCAAAUCUGACUAUAAAACAGCCCCGCUGAAGGAGAGCUCAGGUGUUCCUGUCAGAUACCACAGCGUGACGGAUCAGAUCAGCUCCCCGACGCUCUUCGUCAUCUUCAACGACACACAGGCUUACCCAGAGUACCUCAUCACAUGCAAGAAGAUCUACAGCUGAACAUCCCUUCACAUUCACAAUGUCUUAUCAUUAAACCACUCUCAACAGC